ACCCCUUAUAAAACCCUUGGAGAACCCCAAGUCACACCCAUUAAUUCUUUCCCCUUCCCUAGGCACCAUUUGAAAUUCAAAAAUGAAUACCACCAUUUCCCUCCUCCUUUCUCCCCCUUCCUCCUUCUAUUCAAUCCCCAUUUCCUCACCCCAUUUUGGCCCACACCUCCAAGUCUCACUCUCUCCAUCUUCUCCACUCUCAAGCUUCCUCUUAAGAUCAAGAACUCUCCGCGAGUCCUCACGUCGAGUCCCAAGUUUGAGCCUGGGUAUUGAGGUUGAGGUUGAGGUUGAGGAUAAGAAGAUCCCAAAAAAUGAAACAGAAGUAGGGUUUGGUGGUGAAUUUUUUGUUCCACAUACCAACGCUUUUGGCCACAAUUUUAGGGACUAUGAUGGUGAAAGUGAAAGACAAGAAGGGGUGGAAAAUUUCUAUAGGAUUAAUCACACUAACCAAACCUAUGAUUUUGUGAAGAAGAUGAGGAAAGAAUAUUCAAGAUUAAACAGGGUGGAAAUGAGCAUUUGGGAAUGUUGUGAGCUUUUGAAUGACGUGGUGGAUGACAGUGAUCCAGAUCUUGAUGAGCCCCAAAUUGAACAUUUGUUGCAGAGUGCUGAAGCUAUUAGAAGGGAUUACCCUAAUGAAGAUUGGCUCCACUUGACUGCCCUCAUUCACGAUCUUGGAAAGGUUCUUCUCCUUCCUAGCUUUGGAGGGCUGCCUCAAUGGGCAGUUGUAGGUGACACAUUUCCAGUUGGCUGUGCUUUUGAUGAAUUCAUUGUCCAUCAAAAGUACUUUAAGGAAAACCCAGAUUAUUACAACCCUUCUUACAAUACAAAAUAUGGAGUUUACUCAAAGGGUUGUGGCCUAAAUAAUGUUAUGAUGUCUUGGGGACAUGAUGAUUACAUGUAUUUGGUUGCAAAAGAGAACAAAACCACUCUACCCAACGCUGGUCUCUUCAUUAUCAGAUACCACUCUUUCUAUGCUCUCCACAGGGCAGGAUCUUACAUGUACCUUAUGAAUGAAGAGGACAAGGAGAAUCUCAAGUGGCUACACAUUUUCAACAAGUAUGAUCUAUACAGUAAGAGCAAAGAAAGAAUUGACAUCGAGAAAGUCAAACCCUAUUAUCUCUCAUUAAUUGACAAGUAUUUCCCUGCAAAGCUGAGGUGGUGAAUAGUUGAUGAAAACUAUCCAAGAGAUUGAAUCAAUGGUCACAUGCAUGAGACUUGAAGAGUACCAAACUUUAUUGCCAUAUGUAGCUAUUUUAGUAGUUAGAAGAACCUUUUCGUUUGGUUGUUCAAUAAUAAUAGUUAUGUAGUAUUAUGUAAUGCUUUAAUUUGGCCAUGUAGUUAUAUUUCACUUUCAAAUAAAAGUUCAUUCAAUUGCUUUCUUAGCUUUA